AACCGACUAAUUGGGUACGGAGAGGCCGAGGUGAGGGCUGGAGUAGGCACAAAGGAGUCGCUGGACUGAGAGGGGGGGUUGGUGUAGAGGAGAGGAUAGUCGAGAGUGGUGGAGAGGAAAGGAAGCCUAGCUAAGCAGCUUCAGCGGCUCAGUCUGGCCGGAGAGAGCAAGCAGGCUGGGACCGUCUCCCCCUCCCCCGCCCCUACUCCCCAACUUUUUCAACAGAGAAAAGUUUUGAAGAGGAGGAGGCCGACGGGAGCUGUAGAGAUCUUGGGGCGAGGGGAGGGGGGGAACCUGUGACCGAAAGUGGAGGCGGGGGGGUUGGCCAGCAUGCGGCCCCCCAGCGCCCUACCCCGACUGUUGCUGCCUCUGCUGCUGCUCCCCGCCGCUGGCCGGGCCCAGUUCCACGGGGAGAAGGGGAUCUCCAUCCCGGACCACGGCUUCUGCCAGCCCAUCUCUAUCCCGCUGUGCACAGACAUCGCCUACAACCAAACCAUCAUGCCCAACCUGCUGGGCCACACGAACCAGGAGGACGCCGGGCUUGAGGUGCACCAAUUCUACCCGUUGGUUAAAGUGCAGUGCUCCCCGGAGCUGCGCUUCUUCUUGUGCUCCAUGUAUGCGCCCGUGUGCACGGUCCUGGAGCAGGCCAUCCCGCCGUGCCGCUCCAUCUGUGAGCGCGCCCGCCAGGGCUGCGAGGCGCUCAUGAAUAAGUUUGGCUUCCAGUGGCCCGAGCGCCUCCGAUGCGAACAUUUUCCCCGCCACGGAGCGGAGCAGAUCUGCGUGGGCCAGAACCACUCCGAAGACGGCGGGCCGGCUCUGCUCACCACCGCCCCCCCGGGGCUGCAGCCCGGAGGGGGGGGCACCCCGGGAGGCCCCGGCGGCGGUGGAGGCGGCGGCGCCGCUGGCGGAGGGUCCCCGCGUUAUGCCACUCUGGAGCACCCCUUCCACUGCCCGCGGGUGCUCAAAGUGCCCUCCUACCUCAAUUACAAGUUCUUGGGCGAGAGGGACUGCGCCGCCCCCUGUGAGCCAGCGCGCACCGACGGUUCCAUGUUCUUUUCGCAGGAGGAGACGCGUUUUGCCCGCCUGUGGAUCCUCACUUGGUCUGUGCUCUGCUGCGCCUCUACUUUCUUCACCGUUACUACCUACCUGGUAGACAUGCAGCGCUUUCGGUACCCGGAGCGGCCCAUCAUCUUCCUCUCUGGCUGCUACACUAUGGUGUCGGUGGCCUACAUUGCGGGCUUCGUGCUGCAAGAGCGGGUGGUUUGCAACGAGCGCUUCUCUGACGACGGCUACCGCACAGUGGUGCAAGGCACCAAGAAGGAAGGCUGCACUAUUCUCUUCAUGAUGCUCUAUUUUUUCAGUAUGGCCAGUUCUAUCUGGUGGGUCAUCCUCUCGCUCACCUGGUUCCUAGCGGCUGGCAUGAAAUGGGGCCACGAAGCCAUCGAGGCGAACUCGCAGUACUUUCAUCUGGCAGCCUGGGCUGUGCCAGCCGUAAAGACCAUCACCAUCCUGGCCAUGGGUCAGAUCGACGGUGACCUGCUGAGUGGGGUCUGUUUUGUGGGGCUCAACAGCCUGGACCCCCUGCGGGGCUUCGUGCUGGCGCCCCUUUUCGUUUACCUGUUCAUCGGCACCUCCUUCCUGCUAGCUGGUUUUGUGUCCCUUUUCCGGAUCCGCACCAUCAUGAAACACGAUGGUACCAAGACGGAGAAGCUGGAGAGGCUCAUGGUGCGCAUCGGUGUCUUCUCUGUGCUCUACACCGUGCCCGCCACCAUAGUCAUUGCCUGCUAUUUCUACGAGCAGGCGUUUCGGGAGCAUUGGGAACGCUCUUGGGUCAGCCAACACUGCAAGAGUCUAGCCAUCCCGUGCCCACUGCAGUACACUCCGCGCAUGUCCCCCGACUUCACCGUGUACAUGAUCAAAUACCUCAUGACCCUCAUCGUGGGCAUCACGUCGGGGUUCUGGAUCUGGUCUGGCAAGACUCUCCAUUCAUGGAGGAAGUUUUACACCCGGCUCACUAACAGCAGACACGGGGAAACUACAGUCUGAGGACAUUACGCACCUCUCGCCCACCUCCACCCUGCUCCUCUCCCUCUCCUCCACUUCUCUCCGGUCCCACUGUUGUUGGGGGAGUGUGAAAACAGGGGGAACAAGAGAGACUUUCUGACCAAGGAGUGCGUGCGAGUGGGGCGGGGGUGGGAAAGGCCCACAUUUUAUUUUUUUAAAAAUAAAUCUAAACCAUUUUCGGGUUUUUAGGUCGUCCCCCCCCCAAAAAAAAACUUUGCACCCCUCCCUCAAGGUUUGUAAUUAAAAUUGUAAAUAGUCUUUGUAAAUUUAAUUAUAUAUUUUCUAUUUAAAAAGAAAAAAAAAGACCAGCGAGGGACAUCGAAGGCUGGGUAAUUGGGGGUGGGGAUGGGGGUGAGGUGACCCCCUUUUUGACACCCUCCCUCUCCCCCAAAGGUACGAAGUUUUUGGUGAUUUGGCAGGGCUGGGCCUGUCGGAGGAGCCACCGAGACUGAAUGCUGUUUUUGUUGGCUGUGAGGAAUUUCUUGCAGUUGAACUUUUGUAAAAGCCAAAUUUUGUGAGCCUUUCUCCUGACGCCGGAGCUGUGGAAGCUAGCUGUUCUGUAUUAACGGACAAGACUUGGAUGAAUAUUUUAUUUCUUCGUUUUCCGCUGCCCUCCCAACUCCCCCCCUUCUUUCUCCCUCUCCCUCUCCCUCUCUCUAUCUCCCCCCACCUCUGGAAGUCUACCAAGAGAAGAUGAAGACGUGGAAAAAAAAAAGGUGGGGGGAAUCACUGGAUUGAGAGUAUGGAAUGGCCUAGCCAGGGCUCCCCAGCCUCUCUUCCAGCCAUUGCAAGAAUUUCUCUGCCUUUUAACUUUGUUUUUCACGAACUACGCAACCCCCCACCCCCACCCUCCCCAGUUUGGAUUUGGCGGAGAGCUGCUUUGUGAAGUGUCGGUUUUUUUAGACAAAAGGGUAUGCCAAAACUCUACCGGCCUCCCCCUUCUGCCAGUGGCCCAUGAAUAUUGGUGGGAGGGAGGGGGGGGCAAGAUAAUAGGUUGAACCAGUGUCCCCAGAUAAAAAGUUUGAGGUCCCUGGGCACUAACAGCAGCAAACUGCCCCUUACCACUUCCCUGCCUCCCCCCCCCCCCAACCAGCCCCUCUCCAACUUUAUCCCCCUCCCCCCCCCCCCCCCCCCCCCCCCGCCACCAGAACCCCCCAAACUGCUGGUACAGACUGUCACUCGGAGUAUGUAUGUGUGUGUGCCUGCUUGAGAACCAAUAAAAGUGCAUUAGAGGUGAGGAGGGGCUGGUGAGAUAUGAGAGUUCUCCUUCCUAACAAAAGACUGGUUUUCUUUCAAGUUUCUUUUCAAACUUGACCAGAAGAAAAGGUGGGUAUUGAUUGUGAAGGUGGGGUGUGGGGCUGAACCAAGGUGUUUACAUGACAUUCUAUAUUCCAAAAUACAUAGAAUGUUUAUAGCAGAUGUGUCUUAUCUUUUUUCCCCCUGAAAUAAAAUUUGAGACUUAAAAAGUCACCAGCUUGAA